AUGAAGAAGCAAAACGUCCGGACUCUGUCGUUGAUAGUCUGCACGUUUACUUAUCUUCUCAUCGGCGCUGCUGUUUUCGACGCUUUAGAAUCCCCAACGGAAAAAAAAAGAUGCGAAAGCCUACGAGAUAUUGAGAAAAUGAUAAAAACAAAAUACAACAUGACAGCAGAUGAUUAUUUGGUUUUGGAAACUGUCGUAUUAAAAUAUGAACCGCACAAAGCAGGUCAACAAUGGAAAUUUGCUGGAGCUUUUUAUUAUGCCACAACCGUCCUCACAACAAUUGGUUAUGGACAUUCAACGCCCAACACGGUCGGUGGAAAAUUGUUCACAAUGUGUUAUGCCAUUGUUGGCAUACCCUUAGGACUCGUCAUGUUUCAAAGCAUCGGAGAAAGAGUCAACAAAUUAUCUUCCGUCGUUAUUCGUAACGUUAAAAAAUUAUUGAGGUGCAGAGAUGUCGAAGCAUCGGAAAUUAAUCUAAUAUGCGUUGUGACAACGCUUAGCAGUCUGACAAUUGCCGGAGGAGCUGCUGCAUUUAGUAGAUACGAAGGUUGGACAUAUUUCGAUUCGGUCUACUAUUGUUUCAUAACACUUACGACGAUCGGUUUCGGUGAUAUGGUUGCCCUACAAAAAGAUCACGCGUUAGAUGAAAAACCAGAAUAUGUGGUAUUUGCCUUAAUAUUUAUCCUUUUCGGUCUCGCAAUUGUUGCGGCUUCGCUCAAUUUAUUAGUUCUACGCUUUGUCACAAUGAAUACAGAAGAUGAAAGACGAGACGAAGCUGAAGCCUUGCAGGCGGCACAAGGAGCUGUUCGACUGGAAGGUGAUGUUAUCACUGCCAAUGGGUCCAUCAUUAGCGGUCACAUACCGGGAGAAACGAGUUCCGUCGAAGAUGUGGCAUCCGUUUGCAGUUGUAGCUGUUCCUGUUUGCCCCAAAAAUCGAGAAGUCGAUACAGAUACACGGUUCGUCGUUCUCCGGGGAAAAUUGCCCACCUUCUGCCGUUGCAGACAUUAGGAGGAUCAUUACAAGUGCACAGAGCGUCCAUUUGA